AUGGUGGGCCGUUUUGAGGGUCAGACAAAUGGCCAGCACGUAAAGUUGGAACUGACCUCAAGUGUAGAAUUAUGUGAACAGGGAUUGCCUGUUGUUGAAGGGUCGAUGUUGGGUUAUAAGGUCGUAUGCCUAGUCGACACGGGAACAGAAAGGACGGUCAUAAGGGAUGAUUUAGUUGAUACAAUCAAGAGGUCGAAUGCUUUGCACAACGGAUACCAUCGCGAUUCGCUGGUACACGAGAUCAGACGCAAGGUGCUGAGGGCGAGGCACGAGCGACAAGUUACUCUGUGUUGGGUCCGAGGCCACACCGGGAUCCUGGGUAACGAGCGUGCCGAUCAGCUAGCAAAGGCGGGAGCUAGCGGUCCGUUUAUAACGAGGACGGUUGAACCCUCGGCUGUUUAUAUCAAAGGUACCUUGCGAAAACGAUCGAUGACCAUCUGGCAAGAGCGCUGGAAUCAAAGUACGGUAGGUAGGUCGACCUACGCCUUCGUGUCUGUAGUUGGCCUCACUCCGGUGUGCUGCAACGGGCUCACGACUCAGUUACUGACCAGCCACGGGAGGUUUCCCCAUUUCAAGUCCCGUUUCGGGCAAGGAGAUGGUAGCUGCUCUUGUGGGAGUUCUCGCGGGGACGCGAGACACUACGUACUUGACUGUCCCUUUACAGAGGAUUUCCGCCGAGGGGCCGACCAAGUCAACUGGUCUCGGCCGCCUGAACAAGUACUUCGAACGCUAGCAGCUAGUAAAGGAAACUUAAUGAAACUAAAGGAAUUGAUGGAAAUGAUCAUAAACUUAUGA